AUGUCCACCGAAAUCAUGGACGCGCUUUUCGCGCCCACUGCCGAGCAGAUCAACGACCACCUCAAAGCGAACCAAUUGACCGUCCCUACGGCGCCCUCAGUAGCACCCUCGCUUACCUACUCCGAUGACUCUGACGAUCAGGAAGAGGAGGUGAUCAAGCCCGAACCCCGCCGACGCCGAAGGGCCUCGACCCGUCUGAUCGCUAGUAGCGCCGCAGAUGUCCAAAGAAUUACGGGCGAGACCACAGCUCAGAUUAUCACUAGGUGUUGCGGUGGUGGCUGCUGUCUUAGUCUAAACUCCCGCCAGGAUGGUCUUCAGUAUGAGCGCAUCACCCUCCCCGACAAUGACGCUUUCCGGUCUCUCAACCUCAAGGUCGACGGUGUCAUCCCCACCACCCUCUCCAAUGUGGUUGAGAUGCCCGACCAGACGGUUUUCAUCGAGCCUCUCAAGGCCCCCAGUGCAAUUGAGAAAGCAUCGACCCCGACCCCCACCCCUUCGUCCCCUGCCGCCGAGUCGGUCGACUCCUUCUCCACCGUGGUUGGCUCUAUACCGAGCGAGGAGUCUAGCUUCAAGACUGAAGAAGAGGCGCAAACCCCCAUCACGACUGCUCCCUCCUCCCCGUUGACCAGGCCCGGCGCCGAGAAGCGCACUUACCACUUCGACAUCGACGUCACCGAUUACCCUCCCGAGACCGGCAUCGACUUCAAGGUUGGCGGCGCUAUUGGCGUCAUGGCCCCCAACGCCUCUCCCAUCGUCGAGGAGGUGCUCGAUUGUCUUCUCGUCCCCCGGUUCCAGCGUAACAAGCCCAUCCUUCUCAAGACCACCCAGGGACGAUGGCCCACCGUCUGGGGCGAGGAGCAGGCACGCGAGCUGGUCACCACUCGCCGCGACCUUCUCACUUGGUGCGCCGAUAUUCAGUCGUACCCGCCCAACAAGCCUUUGCUACGCGUUCUCGCCGAGCACGCCGACGACGAGAACGAGCGCAAGCUUCUCCUCUUCCUCUGCGCCGCCGAGGGCCAAUCGGUUUUCUGCGACUUCCGAACCGGGCCCCAUGUGUCGAUCUCCCAGCUCCUCCAUGCUUUCCCCAGCUCCCACCCUCCCCUUGACGUCCUCCUUUCCGUGCUCCAGCAGCUCAUGCCCCGCUUCUACUCCCUCUCCAACGACCCUCACCAGUCCAACAUUGGCGAGGGCAGCGAGAGCAAGUCGCGCCGCCUCAUCGAGAUUGCCGUAACCGUCCACGAGGCCGACGACUGGAAGCUCGGCAGCCGGACGGGUGUUGGUUCCGGCUUCUUCGAGCGCCAGGCGCGCAAGUUCCUCGAGGCCAAGGCUGCUGGCUUGACGCCCGAGAUCCACGUGCCCCGCCGCCUAAAGACGGCCAACUGCGCCAACAAGGUCUGGGUCAUCCAGGGCAUCCGGGACUCGCUCGUCGACGAGAUCUACAGCGGCGAGUGGGGCAUCCACGAGGACGAGGUCAAGAAGAUUGUCGAGAGCCGCCGCGGCGAGGGCCGCUACGUCCAGGAGGAGGUGCGCCACCAGGCCGAGCUCGUCUGGAAGGUGAUCAACUCGGUCGAUGGUAGAAUCUUCGUCUGCGGUAGUUCCAGGGGCAUGGGCGAGGGCGUGGAGGAGGCUCUCGUCGAGGUCGCCAUGAAAAUGGGCAAUCUCGAACGGGAGGAGGCUCGCAAGCUUUGGAACCUCAAGAAGGAGGCUGGCCAGUACAUUGCCGAGACCUGGUAA